GUCGGCGGUAGCGGCGGCAGCUUGUGAGGGGGUUCCGGGAAGAUGGUGCUGAUUAAGGAAUUCCGUGUGGUUUUGCCAUGUUCUGUUCAGGAGUAUCAGGUUGGACAGCUUUACUCUGUUGCAGAAGCUAGUAAGAAUGAAACUGGUGGUGGAGAAGGAAUUGAAGUCUUAAAAAAUGAACCUUAUGAGAAGGAUGGAGAAAAGGGGCAGUAUACACACAAAAUCUAUCACCUAAAGAGCAAAGUUCCUGCAUUCGUGAGGAUGAUCGCUCCGGAGGGCUCCUUGGUAUUCCACGAGAAAGCCUGGAAUGCGUACCCCUACUGUAGAACAAUCGUAACGAAUGAAUAUAUGAAAGAUGAUUUCUUCAUUAAAAUUGAAACAUGGCACAAACCAGACUUGGGAACAUUAGAAAAUGUACACGGUUUAGAUCCGAACACGUGGAAAACUGUUGAAAUUGUCCACAUAGACAUUGCGGAUCGAAGUCAAGUUGAACCAGCAGACUACAAAGCUGAUGAAGACCCAGCGUUAUUCCAGUCAGUCAAGACCAAGAGAGGCCCUUUGGGAUCCAACUGGAAGAAGGAGCUGGCAGACAACCCUGACUGUCCUCAGAUGUGUGCCUAUAAGCUGGUGACCAUCAAAUUCAAGUGGUGGGGACUGCAGAGCAAAGUAGAAAACUUCAUUCAGAAGCAAGAAAAAAGGAUAUUUACAAACUUUCAUCGCCAGCUUUUUUGUUGGAUCGACAAGUGGAUUGAUCUGACAAUGGAAGACAUUAGGAGAAUGGAGGAUGAAACUCAGAAAGAACUAGAAACAAUGCGUAAGAAGGGUACCGUCCGAGGCACGUCGGCUGCUGAUGUCUAGAUGAGUCCCCUGUAGGGUCAGAGACAAUAUCAAACUGUUUACGUAAUCAAGGUCAAGUGAGGGGAACAAGUGCAGCCAGUGACGAGUGAAGAAGAAUCUGACCAGCGUCUCGCAGUGUGGACGUCUCCCAGGCGUGUGCUUCUGUACCCACGCGCACAGACUCCCAGCCACGUGUGUGUGUGUGUACGUGUGUGUGUGUGUGUGUGUGUGUGUCUGUAGCUGUGUGUAAGAUGCAUGUAGAGCUACAGAGGAGGCCGCACGCGCUGGUGUAUAUAUGUACAUACGGACAUACUGAGGGGACUCGUGCGGCUGCGCCAAAGCCCUGCGCCCGUCUUCAGCAAGAUUGCGAAAGAAAAUAUUUUCAGUAUAUAUACCUGGAACAGAUUUUAAUAAUUAUCAGAGUAAUACCAUUAAUGGACAAAUCGACUGCAAUGUAAUACUGGCUGGUGUGUUUCAUAAAUGGUGAAUUGUGGACCAAUAUAUAUAUACAGCCUUUUAUUACUUUUCUGUUCUUUUAAAUCUGUCUCUUCUGAAUUUUUAUUUUAGUCCCAUAAGCAACAGACUCCCACAGAAAAAUUUAUUCAAAAUCUUUUGGUAUUCCAAUGAAUCUGGAAUGUAAACUCUGAAUGUAUUUAUAACGAUUUAUUUCUGGAUGGUUAUUAUCUUAAAUUCAAAUUGGACAAUGUCUAUUAGUAAGGAGUGUAGUUACCAGCCAAUUUUCACUUGUUUGCCCUGAGGGAAAAAUCGUUAAAAAAAAAAAAAAUUCCAGAUUUUAUUGGAUUUUUGUAUUUUAAAUUUCAAGUAUUUUUCUACAUCAAACCUAGCAAAAAUGGAGAUGAUGGCUUGUGAUUUAUAAUAAACACUAUACAAUUUUCAGUCUCCUGUUAGGAGAAAGAAACUGAUAAAGAAAUUAAUAGCAUCAUAGGCUGCAGGAAAACUUGGAAGUAGAGCAUUUCUGCAGAGUCUUGUUUCUGGAAUGACUGAUUUCUGAAAUUAGAGCUUGGAAACUAUGCAAACGAUCUAGAUUCCUCACAGCUUACGUGGUGAACGCAGAUAGUGGCGAGGGCUGCUCUUUUCGUGUGAGGUGCACCCUGAGGGAGACGGCCCCCUGAAGAUCGCAGGGGGGAGGCGUGUGGGGGCCGCACUGGCCUGCCUGCACACCUCCCUGGGCCGAGGCCCCGCUGAGGGGCCAGCGCCCCCCCCCGCCCCCCCGCGGGAGGUGCUGUCCGGUGGGGGCACCCUGGGGACCCCUUGUCGUCAUCUCCUUCCUUCUUUAAAAAAGGAACCACAGCUAGGUGAGAUUUUUAUCAGCUUUGUCUGUCCGAAUCAGUUUUUCUCCUGUCAGUCUUGGAGGCUUGACUAGAAUGAUCUUGUUGAAGCCUUCGGGUCACAACUGUCUUCUUUAACCUCGUCCCUCCUACAACACGCUGGCCUCUGUGGUCCUAUCAGUUUGUAAUCUGAUUUGCUGACGGUCCUGCCUGCCCCGGUUCUCGUUUGCCCACACGCCCUGUGUCCCCACGAGGCGGUGGCAGUGACUCAGACCAGGGUCCUAGGAUCACUGCCACACCGCGAUGCCCUGUUAGCCUUGGCUUCGGACCCCACGUUGCAUAUGUCCUCUGUGUACUCAGGAUCAAGACUGACGUUGACUCUCUGGGCACUGGUGUAAGAUAGGUGUUGUCAAAGCAUAAUCAUUUUUGUCUGCAAAGUGUUUGGUGCAAGGAAGAUUAUUGCUAAUUUUGUGAAAUAGAGUCUCGCCCUCUCCUCCUAACGGACUUCACUCUCACUGGCCUCCCGUAGCGUCGUCGGGAGCUGGGCGCACGUGGAUAUAGGGGCCCCGCGCGUGGAUUCUAAUGUUCUAACAGCUGAGGAGAUUUGAGGGAAUGCGUGGUGAAUGUAAAGUAUCUAGUUUACUUGGCAGUCUCCUGUGUAAAUUACAGUAAAACAAAGUAAAUGAAAUUUAAACAAAAAAUAAAUUUGAUCACAAAAUGCCA